CGUCACUGUCGACGAUGAGCGCGCCCUACGUUCCUCCCCCUCCAGGCAUGCCGCCCCCGCCACCCGGGAUGCAGCCACCCCCGGGCAUGGGGGAAGCGUCAAGCUCGCGCAUUCGUCCAGAAGUACUUGCGCAGAAGUCGCAAAAGUGGGUGCAAAUGCAGAAGAAGCGCUAUGGCGAGAAGAGAAAAGGUGGAUAUGUGGAUAUGGGCAAACAGGACCUCCCCCCCGAACACGUCCGUAAAAUCAUAAAGGACCAUGGAGACAUGAGUAACCGAAAAUUCCGCAACGACAAGCGCGUCCACCUUGGUGCGCUCAAGUACGUACCACACGCCGUUAUGAAGCUCCUCGAGAACAUUCCCUACCCGUGGGAGCAAGUACGCGAGGUUCCUGUCCUGUACCACAUCACGGGCGCUAUCACGUUCGUCAACGAAAUUCCUCGUGUCAUUGAACCCGUAUAUCAUGCGCAGUGGAGUACAAUGUGGUUAGCCAUGCGGAGAGAAAAGCGAGAUCGUCGCCAUUUCAAGCGUAUGCGCUUCCCUCCCUUCGACGAUGAGGAGCCGCCGUUGGACUACGGUGACAACGUUUUGGACGUUGAACCCCUUGAGCCUAUCUCACUAGAUUUGGAUACGGAGGAGGACGAGGCCAUCAUUAAUUGGUUCUACGAUGCUAAGCCCUUGAUCGACACACCCUCUGUUAACGGCCCAUCGUACAAGUACUGGUCCCUUACUCUCCCUGUGAUGGCCAACCUUUACCGUUUGGGGCGCACCCUCCUCUCAGAUAGAUCAGACGACAACUCCAGCUAUCUCUUCGACAAGAAGUCGUUUUUCUCAGCCAAGGCACUGAACAUGGCUAUCCCCGGAGGCCCCAAGUUUGAGCCUCUGUAUCGUGACAUGGAUACUUUCGACGAGGACUGGAAUGAGUUCAAUGACAUCAACAAGGUCAUCAUCCGUCAACAGAUCCGGACGGAGUACAAGGUCGCCUUCCCCCACCUCUACAACUCUCUUCCGCGCUCCGUUCAUAUUUCCCCUUACCACACCCCGAAGAACGUUUACAUUCGUACCGACGAUCCAAAUCUCCCCGCCUUCUACUUUGACCCCCUCAUCAACCCCAUUUCUCUUCGUGGUGCCACUGCAAAGAACUUGCCCCUUAUUUCGCAUGAGGAUGCGAUUUUCGGGCCAAAUGGUGCAGAUGACAAUGAAUUCGAGCUUUCUGAAGAAGUACAGCCAUUCCUCGAUGACAAGCCUUUGGAGAACGAUCUGACGGCUGAUGGUAUCGCCCUUUGGUGGGCCCCCGAACCGUACAACCGUCGAUCUGGUCGCAUGAGACGCGCACAGGACAUUCCGUUGGUCAAGAACUGGUACCUUGAGCACUGCCCGCCUGGGCAGCCCGUCAAGGUCCGGGUGUCGUACCAGAAGCUCCUCAAGUGUUUCGUCUUGAACGAGUUGAAGACCCGUCCUGACAAGGCCAUGACGAAGAAGAACCUGUUCCGACAGCUGAAGGCUACGAAGUUUUUCCAGACGACGAAACUGGACUGGGUUGAGGCUGGCUUGCAAGUUUGCCGCCAAGGUUACAACAUGCUGAAUUUGCUGAUCCACCGCAAGAACCUGAACUACCUGCACUUGGACUACAAUAUGAAUUUGAAGCCCGUCAAGACCCUCACCACGAAAGAGCGCAAGAAGUCCCGCUUCGGAAAUGCUUUCCAUUUGUGCCGUGAGAUCCUGCGGUUGACGAAGCUUGUUGUCGAUGCACACGUUCAGUUCAGACUUGGGAAUGUGGACGCGUUCCAGCUUGCCGAUGCUUUGCAGUAUAUCUUCGCGCAUAUCGGUGCUCUCACGGGCAUGUACCGUUACAAGUACAAGCUCAUGCGUCAAGUCAGGAUGACCAAGGACCUCAAACACCUCAUUUACUACCGGUUUAACACAGGGCCGGUUGGCAAGGGCCCUGGUUGUGGUUUCUGGGCUCCAGGUUGGAGAGUGUGGCUGUUUUUCAUGAGGGGCAUUGUCCCUCUUCUAGAGAGAUGGCUCGGGAACUUGUUGGCUCGUCAAUUCGAAGGUCGUAAUAGCAAGGGUGUCGCCAAGACGGUGACGAAGCAGCGUGUCGAAUCACACUAUGACCUCGAGCUGCGCGCUGCAGUCAUGCAUGAUAUCCUUGACAUGAUGCCGGAGUCGAUUAAACAGAACAAGGCUAAGACAAUCCUGCAGCACUUGUCUGAGGCAUGGCGAUGCUGGAAGGCCAAUAUUCCUUGGAAGGUACCUGGCAUGCCAACUGCCAUUGAGAACAUCAUCUUGAGGUACAUCAAGAGCAAGGCUGACUGGUGGUGCUCUGUUGCCCAUUACAACCGUGAGCGUAUCCGUCGUGGUGCCACAGUUGACAAGGCUGUCGUCAAGAAGAAUCUUGGCCGUCUCACCCGGUUGUACUUGAAAGCUGAGCAAGAACGUCAACAUGGUUAUCUUAAGGAUGGUCCGUACAUCAGUGCCGAGGAGGCUGUAGCAGUCUACACGGCGACCGUCCACUGGCUUGAGAGCCGUAAAUUUGCUCCCAUUCCUUUCCCUCCUUUGUCGUACAAGCAUGACACGAAAUUGCUUGUUCUGGCACUGGAGAAGCUGAAGGAGGCUUACUCAGUGAAAGGUCGUCUCAACCAAUCACAGCGUGAGGAGUUGGCUUUGAUUGAACAAGCCUACGAUAAUCCACAUGAAUGUUUGUCGCGAAUCAAGCGUUUGCUGCUCACCCAGCGUGCCUUCAAAGAGGCUGGCAUUGAGUUCUUUGACACCUACGACAAGCUCAUUCCUUGCUACGAUAUUGAGCCUGUUGAGAAGAUCACUGACGCGUAUCUGGACCAAUUCUUGUUCUUUGAGGCGGACAAACGUGGGCUUUUCCCUGCAUGGAUUAAGCCAGCUGAUACCGAGCCUCCUCCCCUUCUUGUCUACAAGUGGUGCCAAGGCAUCAACAACUUAACGGACAUCUGGGAGACCAGCGAGGGGGAGUGCAACGUCAUGAUGGAGACAGUGUUCUCUAAAGUCUACGAGAAGAUAGAUCUCACGCUCCUCAAUCGUCUCUUGCGGUUAAUUCUCGACCACAAUUUAGCUGAUUAUAUCACUGCUAAGAACAACACUGUCUUGACGUACAAAGAUAUGGCACACACGAACGCGUUUGGUUUAAUUCGAGGCUUGCAGUUCUCGGCCUUCGUCUUCCAAUACUAUGGCCUCGUCCUUGAUCUUCUUGUUCUUGGUCUCAAACGAGCUAGUGAAAUGGCCGGCCCACCUCAGUCUCCUAACAACUUCUUGCAGUACCGGGACUCGGCGACUGAAACCCGCCAUCCUAUUCGCCUGUACUCGCGCUACGUCGACAGGUUGCAUAUCCUGUUCCGCUUCUCUGCCGACGAGGCGAGAGACCUCAUCCAACGGUACCUCAGCGCAAAUCCUGAUCCGACAAACAACAAUGUCAUUGGGUACAACAACAAACGCUGCUGGCCACGAGAUUGCAGAAUGCGUCUUAUCAAGCACGAUGUCAAUUUGGGACGUGCAGUGUUCUGGAAUGUCAAGCAGAGCUUACCAAGGUCACUUACCACGAUCGAGUGGGAAGACACUUUCGUGAGCGUCUACUCCAAAGAGAACCCUCAGCUCCUCUUCUCGAUGUGCGGUUUCGAGAUUCGAAUCUUGCCGAAGAUCCGCACUAUGGGUGGAGAGCAAUUCUCGUUGAAGGAUGCUGUUUGGAACUUGACGAACGAACAAACGAAGGAGCGGACCGCUCAGGCGUUCCUUCGUGUCUCCGAUGAAGGCGUGCAGCAGUUCAACAAUCGUAUCCGUCAAGUCUUGAUGAGUUCUGGGUCCACCACGUUCUCUAAGAUCGUGAAUAAGUGGAACACCGCCCUCAUUGGCUUGAUGACUUACUACCGUGAAGCCGUCAUCCACACGAACGAGUUGCUUGACUCCCUCGUCAAGGCUGAGAACAAGAUCCAGACUCGUGUCAAAAUCGGUCUCAACUCCAAGAUGCCGUCUCGUUUCCCUCCAGUCGUGUUCUACACUCCGAAGGAACUGGGUGGUCUCGGCAUGCUGUCCAUGGGCCACGUUCUCAUUCCUCAGAGUGACCUCCGUUGGUCGAAACAGACAGAUGUUGGAGUCACUCACUUCCGAGCAGGUAUGUCUCAUGAGGAGGACCAGCUCAUUCCCAACCUGUACCGCUACCUGCAGCCUUGGGAGGCGGAGUUCAUGGACUCUGCACGUGUAUGGUCCGAGUACUCCAUGAAGCGUAAGGAGGCUAACGCACAAAACCGGCGUUUGACGCUGGAGGAUCUCGAAGACAGCUGGGAUCGCGGCAUUCCUCGUAUCAACACGCUCUUCCAGAAGGAUAGGCAUACAUUGGCUUACGACCGUGGCUGGCGUGUCCGCACCGACUGGAAGCAGUACCAGUUGUUGAAACACAACCCAUUCUGGUGGACUUCUCAACGGCACGACGGAAAGUUGUGGCAGCUGAACAACUACCGUGUCGAUGUCAUCGCAGCACUUGGUGGUGUUGAAGGCAUUCUCGAGCACACUCUCUUCAAGGGUACAUACUUCCCCACUUGGGAGGGUCUGUUCUGGGAGAAAGCAUCUGGCUUCGAAGAGUCUAUGCGGUAUAAGAAGCUGACGAAUGCCCAACGUUCCGGUUUGAACCAGAUUCCCAACCGUCGCUUCACGCUCUGGUGGAGUCCUACGAUCAAUCGUGCCAAUGUCUACGUUGGUUUCCAAGUCCAGCUUGAUUUGACCGGUAUCUUCAUGCAUGGCAAAAUCCCGACCUUGAAGAUCAGUUUGAUCCAAAUAUUCCGUGCUCACUUGUGGCAGAAGAUACACGAAAGUGUUGUCAUGGACUUGUGUCAAGUCUUCGAUCAGGAGCUGGAACCACUUCAGAUUGAGACGGUACAGAAGGAGACGAUUCACCCUCGAAAGAGUUACAAGAUGAAUUCUUCCUGUGCGGAUAUCCUUCUUUUCUCUGCUUACAAGUGGAACAUCUCUCGCCCGUCCCUUGUCACCGACAACAAGGAUGUGCUUGACGGCACGACAAGCAACAAGUACUGGAUUGACGUUCAGCUCCGCUGGGGUGACUUCGACUCUCACGACAUUGAGCGUUACACCAGGGCCAAGUUCUUGGACUAUGUGUCGGACUCUAUGAGUAUAUACCCUUCACCAACUGGUGUCAUGAUUGGCAUGGACUUGGCUUACAACCUUUGGUCUGCCUACGGCAACUGGUUCCCUGGCAUGAAGCCCUUGAUUCAACAGGCGAUGUCUAAGGUUGUGAAGGCCAACCCAGCUUGCCACGUUUUACGCGAGCGUAUUCGCAAGGGUCUCCAGCUCUACUCAUCCGAACCGACGGAGCCAUACCUGAACAGUCAGAACUACUCGGAGCUCUUCUCUAACCAGAUCAUAUGGUUCGUCGAUGACACGAACGUCUACCGUGUUACCAUCCACAAGACGUUUGAAGGUAAUUUGACCACCAAGCCUAUCAAUGGCGCUAUUUUCAUCUUCAACCCUCGCUCGGGUCAACUUUUCCUGAAGAUCAUUCACACUAGUGUCUGGGCCGGCCAAAAGCGUCUCGGGCAGCUGGCGAAGUGGAAGACGGCUGAAGAGGUUGCCGCCCUGGUUCGGUCUCUGCCCGUUGAAGAACAGCCGAAGCAAGUUAUCGUGACGCGCAAGGGAAUGCUUGACCCUCUCGAGGUCCAUUUACUUGACUUCCCUAACAUCGUCAUCAAGGGAAGUGAGCUCCAGCUGCCAUUCCAGGCUUGCAUGAAGAUGGAGAAGUUUGGUGAUCUCAUCUUGCGUGCGACGCAACCCCAGAUGGUGCUAUUCAGCUUGUACGACGACUGGCUCAAGUCCAUCUCGAGUUAUACUGCAUUCUCUCGUCUUAUUCUGUUGCUCCGUGGUCUGCACGUCAACAAUGAGAAGGCCAAGAUCAUCCUGCAUCCUGACAAGUCGACAAUCACGGAGCCUCAUUUCGUCUGGCCUACUCUCAGCGACGAUGAGUGGAUCAAGGUUGAGGUUGCUAUGAAGGACCUUAUCUUAGCCGACUUCGGCAAGCGAAACAGCGUCAACAUUGCCUCGCUAACAGCGAGUGAAAUUCGUGACAUCAUCCUCGGUCAGGAGAUCGCAGCGCCUUCCGUACAGCGCCAACAGAUGGCUGAGUUAGAGAAGAGCACCGAGGCUCAAAGCCAGGUUACCGCAGUUCAGACUCAAACCACCAACGUGCACGGAGACACCAUCCAGACCGUUACGACUACGAACUAUGAGCAGCAAGUGUUCAGCAGCAAGUCAGAUUGGCGCGUUCGGGCCAUUUCGGCGAGCAAUCUCCCUCUGCGUCUGCAACACAUCUACGUUUCGAAUGAUGAUGUCAAGGACGAUGCGGCGUCCUAUACCUAUGUUCUUCCCAAGAACAUCCUUCGCGCCUUUGUCACUGCUGCUGAUCUUCGUACACAAGUUGCGGCGUUCUUGUACGGUGUGUCUCCUCCAGACAACAAGCAAGUCAAGGAAAUCAAGGCUGUCGCAUGGGCUCCUCAGCGUGGAAGCAACAAUAGCGUUGAGCUGCCAGCUCAGCUGCCCCGUGAUGACAUCCUCCUGAAGGAUCUUGAGCCCCUUGGAUGGAUCAAGACCCAAGCCCUGGAGCUCUCGCACCUGUCGCCGACAGAUGUAACGACUCAGGCGAAGUUGAUGGCAGACCACCCAGAAUGGGGCUCGUCUUCAAUCUGUAUCACGGCUUCGUUCACUCCAGGUUCCGUGUCGAUGUCCGCGCACUCGUUGACAGUUCCCGGUUUCGAAUGGGGUAGGAAGAACGUGGACAACUCUUCCAACCCACCGGGCUUCAACCCCAACAUGUCAGAGCGGGUGCAGCUGUUGCUCUCUGACCGUAUCUUGGGCAUGACGCUGGUACCAGAAGGCAAAGUCUGGAAUUACGGCAUCGGGCUCACUCAAAUGUGGUCUUCCAACCUGGCUUAUUCCAUGACGCUGGAUACGCCUAUUCUUUUCUGGGCCGAAGAACACCGGCCAGCUGCUUUCCUUUCAUUUGCCAGCAUGGAGCAGGGUGACGAUAGUGCCGAUGUUGAAAAUAGCUUUGCAUAAUGUAGUCUCACGCAUCUUUUAUGUUUGUUCGCACUGUACUGUAGUUUGCACGAUAUUAUUC